AUGCUCACAUUACUCUCACCAAACUAUGUGUCGAAACCUACCUCUCGCGCGGACUUAGCUAUCGCAUCGAUUGCAUUUGGAUGGACUCUCGGGUUUGGAUGGUUAACAGCAUGGACGGCAUACAAGCAAACGAGACGAGUUCGACAGCGCUAUGGUAUCACUCGAGUUCACACCCCAUACGUGGUAAUGAUAUGGUCUGAACUUGUUGUGUGUUUGACCUUUUCCGUCGUAUGCUGGCUUCAUUUGUUUGAUGAUGUUGUGCCUCCCAGCUUCGCAUUCUACUUCUGUAUCCUGACACUUUGGGCACUUCAAGUUCAAUUUUUGCUUCAAAUCAUAGUAAAUCGAAUCAGUAUCCUCUUAACUUCAAAACAGAGAGCCGUUCAUCUCAAAAUCGUCGUCGCAGUCAUCAUCACCCUCAUCAAUAUUUCGGUUUAUUGCAUCUGGAUACCUGCCCGACUCCAAAUAUCAAAUACAUACAUCCAUCUUAACGAGAUCUGGGAUCGCUGCGAGAAAAGUAUUUAUCUGGUGGUAGAUGCAUUGUUGAACUUCUACUUCAUGAAAACUGUGUACAGCAAGCUCGUAGGAAACGGCUUGAAGAAGUAUAAAACAUUGAUUAAAUUCAAUGCGGUGCUGGUGGUUUUUUCCUUGGCUAUGGAUGUGUUGAUCAUCGGAAUGAUGAGCUUGGAUAAUUCUUUUGUAUAUAUGCAAUUCCACCCUCUCGCCUAUCUCGUUAAACUCAACAUUGAAAUGUCCAUGGCCGAAUUGAUCGCUAAAGUUUCCGCCCUCCCCUCCAACUGGUUACCGCCCAAAAAACGCACCGCAUUAAAAAUCGGUAUUCAAACGGAUAUUUCGAUUAAACAUGACGAUAUAGAUGAUUUACAAACAUUAGAGUUGGAAGACACGAUCAAUAGUCCCGCACCGACGAUUAGCAAGGAAUUCGAUCACGGGAGGCCGGUGGUAUUUGCGGGGGAAGAUUAUGACGAUGAGAGAGGAACGAGCUCGAGUGCGAUUGUGGAUCCGAGGACCAAAGCGGGGAAAGGGGCAACUUGGUCGAAUAGCUGA